ACCGCGAAAGGCCUUCUUCGCAGCGACAGCCCGGGAGGCAGGUGAAAGUCCGCUGGGUUCUCGGAGCUCCCGGGCUGGGCAAGGCGGUGAGAGGAAAGCGAGGAGCGUGUGAGGCCGGGCUGCUGCCUCUCGGCUCUGGCCGCUCUCCCUCCUCGACCCGCCGCGUUUGUUUGGAUUUAAUCUUCAGGUUGCCGGCGCCCGCCCGCCCGCUGGCCUCGCGGGGUGAGGGGAAGCACCGUGCGUCCGCGCCGCUUCCUCCGCGGCAGCCGCGUCCCGGAACCGCGGGGCGUGUUUGCGUUUGACCUGUGGGCAGCGGCGGAGGAAGAGGCAGCGGAGCCCUGGGAGGCCGGGCGCGGCCAUGGAACUGGGCCCCGAGCCCCCGCACCGCCGCCGCCUGCUCUUCGCCUGCAGCCCCCCUCCCGCGCCGCCGCCCGUCGUGAAGGCGCUUUUCGGCGCGCCAGCCGCCGGGGGCCUGUCGCCUGUCACCAAUCUGACGGUCACCAUGGAUCAGCUGCAGGGACUGGGGAGUGUAUAUGAACAGCCGCCGGAGGUGAAGAGCAGCAGUCUGCAGAGAAUGGGCUCCUCAGAGUCGACCGAUUCAGGCUUCUGUCUGGAUUCUCCUGGGCCCUUGGAUAGCAAAGAAAACCUUGAGAAUCCCAUGAGGAGAAUAAACCCCCUACCUCUGAAGCUCUUGGGGUGUAGUCCAGCUCUGAAGAGGAGCCAUUCCGAUUCUCUUGACCAUGAUGUCUUUCAGCUGAUGGACCAGGAUGAGAAUAAGGAGAAUGAAGCCUUUGAGUUUAAGAAGCCAAUAAGACCUGCAUCUCGUGGCUGCCUGCGACUUGAGGAGGGUAAAGAUCUCUUCACACAGAGGCAGAGCUCUGCCCCAGCCCGGAUGCUUUCCUCAAAUGAAAGAGAUAGCAGCGAACCAGGGAAUUUCAUUCCUCUUUUUAUGCCCCAGUCACCUGUGACUGCCUCUUUGUCUGAUGAAGAUGAUGGCUUCAUGGACCUUCUUGAUGGAGAGAAUCUGAAGAAUGAUGAAGAGACUCCGUCCUGCAUGGCGAGCCUCUGGACGGCUCCCCUUGUCAUGAGAAGAACUACAAACGUUGGCAAUCGAGGCAAGCUGUUUGACUCCACUUCCCCAUGUAGCCCGGCCAUGCGGUCAGUGUUAAAAAGACCAGAACGAUGUCAAGAGGACUCUCCACCUGGAAACACGAAGCGCAGGAAGAGCAUGGUCUGGGCCAGUCCUAAAGAGGCAGCUAGUCCAGAGAAGCCCCAGGAGAGUCUACACCAGCCUUUAUCCCUGGUAUCUUCCCCAAAAGGGACCAUUGAGAAUAUUCUGGAUAAUGACCCAAGGGACCUUAUAGGAGACUUCUCCAAGGGUUAUCUCUUUCACACUGUUUCCGGGAAGCAUCAGGAUUUAAAAUACAUCUCUCCAGAAAUUAUGGCAUCUGUUUUGAAUGGCAAGUUUGCUAACCUCAUUAAAGAGUUCGUUAUCAUCGACUGCCGAUACCCGUACGAGUACGAGGGAGGCCACAUCAAGGGCGCAGUGAACUUGCACAUGGAAGAAGAGGUUGAAGACUUCUUACUCAAGAAGCCCAUCGUUCCUACCGACGGCAAGCGCGUCAUCGUGGUAUUCCACUGCGAGUUUUCUUCUGAGCGAGGCCCUCGCAUGUGCCGCUACGUGAGAGAGAGGGACCGGCUCGGUAACGAGUACCCCAAACUCCACUACCCGGAGCUGUAUGUCCUGAAGGGCGGAUACAAGGAAUUUUUUCUGAAGUGCCAGUCUCACUGUGAGCCCCCCAGCUACCGGCCCAUGCACCAUGAGGACUUUAAAGAAGACCUGAAGAAGUUUCGCACCAAGAGCCGGACCUGGGCAGGGGAAAAGAGCAAGAGGGAGAUGUAUAGCCGCCUGAAGAAGCUCUGAGGCCGGCAGGGCGGACAGCAGCAGCCUGAGCCUCUUCCACCCCCUCCCCUCUUUGCUGCAGAGAAACUUGAGCAAAGGAGCCAGCUGUGUGACAUUUGGAGAGGCCCUGGGGCUUCCUGCCUUAAAACUUACCUGCCACACUCCUAAGACUGGAGCCCAGAGCAUCCUGCUGGCUACGCCUUUUCCAUCCCUGCGUCAGGACUUUCUCCCAAGGCUGUCACGUGCCCAGUUUCAAGCACCAGGUCAAGACAAGUUCUGUCUCUUCAUCCCCACAGCUGAAGGAACCACCUGGGGCAUUACUGGGCACUGUCCCCUCACGAGGGGAGGGGUAGGAGAGUGGAGAGAAGUAAGGCACGGAAAUGCUGCUGGCAAAUACCAAAGACAGCCUGGGAAGGAAAUGGUCUUUGUGGGAUAACCCAUAUCUUUAAUUUAUUCAACCUCAUCAAUCACUUUAUUAUUUUUAUUUUUUAACUCCUGGAGACUUUUAUUUAACUGCUUCUAUAAGUCACAAUACUGCCAUUUUAUCAUCCCAAGGACUACCUCUGCUUUUAAUUAAGAAGAAAAAAAAGGCGGGAAGAAGAGGUAAACAUGCUUGUGGGAGCUCUGUCACCCCCAGGAGGCGCUGCAGUACUGGGGCUGCUGCUAUUAAAGCCAAAGACUGAGAUGCUGGUGGGAGCAGGCACUGGACUCAGCCUUGGCUACAGGGCAUAAGCUAAACCUCCCGGACCUACCGAAGGCCACUGAGAUUUAUUUGGGGGAGUGACCCUGCUCUUGCCCCGGUUCCCUGUGAUGUUGGCUGGUAUAGGAGUCAAUCAGGAAAGCACUUCAGGCAGCUUCCAUUGGGCCACCCCAGGUCAGUGUUGGAACGUGGUGUAGUGUAGGUAUCCCCAAAGUAAGAGGGACAGGGAUGGGUGGGCUCUGGGAUGGGGCGGGGAGUAUACACUGAGUGUGCUCCUUCUGAUACUCUGAUAGCUUUUAAUUUUCUAAAAAUAGUCAUGAGUCAAGGAGUAUCAAAUCAGUGUUAGCUGGCCCACCCGGGGGUGGGGAGGGCUGAAAGCCCUGAGCAUUAAGAGAAGGGAGUGGAUGCUGGCGUAGCGAUGACUAUAGAAUGUUUCUCAGGCAGCGUGGUGGGUUUUGAAGGUAAAACUCUCUGAGUUUAUCAUGUUUUAAUUUGAGGAGCAGGGAGUGAUGGAUCAUCACCAGUCGCUUCCUCAUCUAACCCCAUGAAAUAGGGGUCUCAAAGGAACACCUCCCAUCCAGGGAGCUGGGGCUGACUUGACUGAUUCUGGACAGGCCUGUUUGACUCCUGCUCAUCCCCACGCUCAGACGCCAGCCCCUCACCAUCUCUGCUCCCUUGGGGUGUAGCCAGGUUUGUCUUAUAUACAAGAGUCGGUCCCCCUCUUGCCUCGGCUUCCUUUUUUGAGGAUGGGGAGGAAACCAGUAAUACUGGAGAUGACUGGUUGCCGUGUUAAUGGGUUUGAGUUGCAUUUGGCUAUAAAAGAAUCUUGUUAGAAAAAAAUAUGUGGGGAAGAGGAGGGGAGAGGGAGAAGACCUCCUUCCCCACACGUUGAGACAUCUCAAUUGGUCUCCAAUCUUGUUUGUAGGGAUUCUGUUGGUUGAAUGCCUGAAAAGGGAGGUGGAAUGGCCUUCAGAUUGUACCAACUUGGCUAGCACUGCUAACCAACUGUUGCAGGCUCUGAAAAUAAAACCAAUCUUGAACCCAU